CUUUUCUUUCUCUUUAUCCCAAUUGCUUUUCUUUGUCGUUUUGCCAAAUGCUUUUCUUUACCCAUUUGUCAAUCGAGUUAAAAAAUGCCAUUGGACAGUACACACAUGGUGCAGCCAAUCAGCUUUCGGCUCAUUUUUAGGAUACACCCCCUGUCCAACAUGUCAUACGAAGUAAACGUACGGCGAAAUUUCAUUGGACAGCAAGCAAGAAAGACCUACCGCCGUUAAAACAGUAACGUUAAUUAAUUAUUAUAUUGAUCAAUUAAUUCGUCAUUUUAUUUCUAAUCGGCACUCCCGGUCCUCCAUACCUCUGCCAGGUGCCAGUUGUUAAAAAUCAGUGAUUCGAGGAAAUAACAGCACUCAGCUGCUGACUGAAAGCAUUUGGUUUGCACCUCACUACGUUUGGGCUAAGUUACCUGCAUCAUGAAGAACCUGCUGCUGUGGGGUUUUAUUGUUACCAUUGCAACAGCAUUUGGAGUGUCUGAAGAUGAUAUCCAAGUUGUGUGUAAGGAAAGUUCAGUUCACAUUAAAUGGAAAGUGAACAAAUCCAUGUCUGGUAAUCCAGCUCGUCUUCUCCUCGGUAACUGUUUUCCUUCAAGCUUCACAAAUACGUCAAAUGGCCACGCAGAGGCAGAAUUUAUCUAUCAACUUAGUGAUUGUCAAUUCAGAAGGAUGGGGACGUGGAAAUAUUUGAUCUAUGUGAAUACACUGACUCACAGGCCGUUGCCAAAGCCCUACCCUCCUACUUUCACAUAUCCAGUGAGAUGUGUUUAUGACGGGCCGCAGGGUUGGACCCCUUUCUUCCAGAGUCCUGCUCAAGGUCAUGGAGAACUGGCUUUUCACAUGGCAAUUCUUAACUAUAAUUUCAGUGGCCCUGCAGAAUCCAACGUCUUUCCUCUGGGUUCUUUUAUUCCUAUAUGGGCCGAGGUGGACCAGCAAGCCCAUCAGCCACUGGUGCUGCUGCUAGAGGAAUGUGUGGCCACCACAACUCUGGAAAUGUACCCAGACAACCUUACGUACCCACUCAUCACCAAUGAAGGGUGUCUUGUGGAUGGAAAGACGACCCUCUCCAGGUUUCUACCGAGGUAUCACUCCUCCUCGAUCUUGCUUCAUCUUCAAGCUUUUAGAUUCGCUGUAGGAGAAGAGGUGUACAUCCACUGUAAGUUAAUCGCUUGGGACCCUGACGAUCUAAACGAAUCAAGAAAAGCCUGUAAUUACAAUAAAACCACAGAAGCGUGGGAGCUUUUGGAUGACCCCAAUAAGAACCGUCUUUGUCAGUGCUGUGAUUCUACUUGUAAAGGCCGAGCAAAGAGAGAUGCUGAAUCCGCACCCCAAGGGCUGGUUCUCAAAUCGGUGUUAGGACCCCUGACAAUUACUGAAGAUUCACUGUGAUCUUAGCCCAACGUAACAGAAAUUCAUCAGGAAGAUGCUGGAUUCUGAACUGGAGUCAUUAGGAGUGAGAGCUCAAGAAGUCAUAAGUCAUGUCACUGCAACUUUUAAACAUGUUGUCCAUUAAAUUCCAUCUUAUAAGAUAUUACUUGAUGUGAAUUCCUUGCAUCCUAUCUUUCCAAAUGUUCUUCCAAAAAAUGUGCUGGUAAUGGUCAUGUGAAUCUCCUUUUUUUUUUAUA